CACAAAAGGAAGGACAUAUAUUACAAGCAGUCUUCAUUCGUUGUCAGUAGGAAGGCAGUGUUGAAAUUGAGAGAAGUUUUAACCCUGACUUUCAUAUGGGAUGUGUGUGGCAACAUAGUAAGGGAAGAGGUUAUCUCAUAGUGACUUUGUGUGUGUGUGUAUAUCUAUUCAUUCUUUAUCAUUGCCAGGUUUGGGACGCGUUUUUUUUUAUUUCUUCCUUAUCAAAUGUUCAUGAUAAGAUAAGUCAGAAUCAUACAGAGAAGGUACUUGUCAGUGCCCAGUGUUCACCAUUCCUUUCUGACACUGCGGUGCGUCACCAAGUGCUCGUCGUGAACAGAAAGUGUUGCAUUGUAUGGGAGUGAGUGACAGGACCCAAACUAUAAAUACAGUGCCAUUUUUUAGUGAGUGUUAGAAUGAGCACGUCAAACAGAAUGGCGGGGGUGAAAAAGGAAAAUUUACUGAACUACGCCCGAUAUUCUCGCCUGGCGCUGACGGUGACGGCGCGCUAUAUGGCUGUGGUGUUUGGUUGGCUAUACAAAGGCGGCUCACUGGAUCUUGAGGAGUUCUUGGAACAGCAAGAUAUGACUGACAAUUUCAAAAACCCCGAGGAAAGGAUGAAAAUCAAAGGGGAUCCAGCCAACAUGGACGUCACGUGUCUGUACAAGCUGCUCUGUUACACCUGUGAUAUUCCAUCUGGGGACCCUAAAUGGUACACUGCAGUCGAGGCGGGGCAGAAACCUUCCCUGGGGCAGAUCCUGUACAGAUUGAAGACCAUCCGCAACAGUGUGAGUCACAAGGAACCAGGGACGCUGACACAAGUGUCCGACGAGGACCUGGAUGUUCUGGCCAAGGAGUUGGAGGAGCUCCUAGCUGAGAUGUUGACCCUGGCGGGCAAGAAGUGUGGGCAGCGUGGCGACGGUGUUGCCAAAGUGAUCUGCGACAUGAUGGCGGAUUUGGCGAGGGAACGGCACGCUGAUGGCGGCAUCACCGUGGAAGAGUUCGUAACUCUUGGUCGUGAAGAGUUGCUGAAGCGUAAUAAACGUGACUUAUCCUACGUGGAGCCACGCCUUCUAAUGCAACCUGGCGAGGACACCUUUAAUUCUGCCAUCCCCCUGAGAGAACUGCUGAGAAGCACAUUCCAUGAUGGGUCACAGCCGCAGGUGAUACAAGUAACUGGUGAGGCUGGUACAGGAAAGACUUCACUUUGCCGGGCACUGAUGGCGUGGUGGCUGAUGGACGACCCCAAAGCGAGGGCUCUAGCGGACUACCAGCUGCUUUUGAAUGUCACUUGUGCUCACGUCAGGUCCAGUGACCUGCACCGCUACCUGCGCUUGAUGCUGCCUGAAACUACCAAGCAGUGUGAUACAGCCAGCCUGACGCGGCUCCUGCAUGAAGCAAAGAUCCUUUGGCUGGUUGAUGGCUGGGACGAGGCCACUAAAGAUGCCCCAGGGCUGCUGCAGGAUCUCCUUCAGUCCAGGGGAAAGUCUCACACUGUCCUCGCUACGUGCAGACCGGGAUUCAGCAUUACCCUCUCCAAUCAGUUCCAUGGGCAAAAGAUUUUCAAUGUUUCUUUCGCUAGAUUCCAAAGAGAAGAGAUGAAGGAGCUUGUCAGGGGGAAACUUCCUGAUGUCGAUAAUACUUCUUUAGAAAAUUUUUUCAAUAACUUGCACAGUUUUCCUAAUAAGGAACAAGACGAUUUCAACAAUCCCCUGAAGCUGCAACUGAUGGCUCGCGUGUAUCUAGUGCAUGGUCUCCUUGACCUGUUCCGCCAACCUUCUUUAGUUUACAUUUAUCAUAACAUGAUAGAGUGUCAGCGUAAGGACCUCAUCCUGCGUUGUAAAAAGGACGCUGCCCCGGGCGAAGAUGUUGAACAGAAAAUUGACGUUUGGCUAGAGCGUCUUUAUAAAGUGUCUUUUGACUCAGCGAAAAGUGAUCCAUCGUUGCUUCUUACCGAAAAAAGUGUGAAAAUUUUAUCAAAAGAAUGUGGUGUCCCAGUGAAGCUCUGUCUCUCUACCUUCCUGGUGUGUGCAUCGCUUUUCGGUAUCUUGGCCCACAGCUCCAGCUACUCCUUUACCCAUGACACUCAGAGGUGUGUGCUCGCUGCACGACAUUUAGAGUGUUGCUGCAAGGGUGAUGACAAUCUACAUGCCAAACUCAGAAAGGUCUUAGAAGUUGACUCAAGCGAAUUAGAAGAUCACAUGGAUCCCUACCUUGGGAUUUAUGACCUAGUGACUCAAUUCCUCUUGGUGAUCAGAAUCUUGCUUUCUAGAAUCAGUUGUGGAUGGAUUUGUACUGAAGUAUAUCAAAAAAGUUUUUACCAGUCUUUGUUACGUUUGGCAAAAAAGUUUGUCCAUAUCGUUAAGUGUGACCACCUUCCUACUGACCGAUGGAUCCAGGCACGUGCUUUGAGGAGUCGACUUGUUCCCGUUUUCCUUCAAGUAAUGGAAAUGUGGACCAGAGGCUUGUUCCAUGUGAGUGUUUCUGCCACCUUCUUGGUAGACCUGUUCGCCAGCCUCCUGGAGGGGGAUGAAGAACCCUGUCAGGUGGUUGGAAGUGAUCAGGAGAUGCGAAGUGAAUGAAGAACUGGCGAGGGCAGUGUCUCGGAAAAUUGAUAGAAAACUGUGGGUGAUUAGCGACGGAGACAUAAGAGCUGCGACGAUGCUCCUGAAAUACAUCACCCCAGAGAAGGUCACAGUGAGUGUUUCGGAAUCUAAGUGGCUACCACAACUUCAUGAGCUUCUCUUAAGACUGUCCAAGACUCGUGUGAGGCUGGAACUUAACAUUCAGAGCCACCUCCAUGACCUCAACUCCAAAGAUGACUCUGAUAGUUACCUUGAACUAAUUUGUCGACCACAGGCGAAGUGUUCGCUCACGAUCUUUUCCGGACAUUUGAGUGUCUCUGGCCUCCACCUCCUCUCUGCUGCCAAGACAUUAACAUCCCUCAACCUUAGGGUCACGCAGCCCAAGGCAGUGUGCAAACUGACUGAAGUCACACCAAAGCUCUCUCAGCUUACCAGUUUACUUUUGAUCUAUGAUAAUAAAAAGUUCAUGGCACCAGAUUCCGUGGACGGUUCGCGUGGUGUGUUUUCUCACAGGUUGUUGGUUCACUUAAUUUUACCUCACUUACGCGAGACUUCUGUGAAUAUGUCUGUCGAUUUCAUCUCAAGGUUCAGUAAGCGAUACUUGAAUCUCAGCGUCGGAAAACUGGAGCAGAGGGGAGUGAGGAACCUAGUGGCAGGGCUGACAAACAAAGCAGUGGUCGUUGAUAUCUUUGCAAUUAAUGUUUACGUGAGGGAGUUUAAGAGGAACCUCCUCUUGAACAUCGGCUCUCUGCCUAUCCAAACUUCUAUGGGAGAUUUCCUCACAAAGUUGCACGAUCUUUUUAAGGAUCCACUGAGGCACAUGUUAUUCGUGAAGCAAAUGUAGAGAGAGAGAGAGAGAGAGAGAGAGAGAGAGAGAGAGAGAGAGAGAGAGAGAGAGCCGAAAGUAAGAUAAUAGUUUUCAGUUUUAUUAUUAAACUUGUAAAUGAGCAGGAAUUGAUUUCGGAUGCUCUUUGAGUCAACAUAAUCAUACCAUUACUGUUAUCGCGGAGAGUGACCGAGGCAACAAGCUUAGUGCGAAAGAGUGGAGACUAUUUGAUCCUCCUCUCUCCCACUUCUGGUAAUCCCACAGGCGACCAGCCGUCUUUUCUGUUGUUCUUAUUUUGUUUUAUUAUCUAUUGUUCUUUUACAGUUUCUUCUUUUUCUUUUCUUCUCCUCUCUCUCUCUCUCUCUCUCUCUCUCUCUCUCUCUCUCUCUCUCUCUCUCUUUCUCUCUGUUUCAUCUCAUCUCAUCUCAUCUCAUCUCACCUCACCUCUCCUCACCUUGCUGUGCUGGACAAAUAAUCUUUUCCAUUCCGUAAAAAUAACACACACACACACACACACACACACACACACACACACACACACACACACACACACACACAACGAGUGAUAA